GAAGACCAUGAUUACGCACAAAAGGACAUAAGAGACACGCGAAGUCUGCAGCUUCAGAAGGAAACGAUCAGCUGAGAUCGAUCUCCGUCUCUUCGCCCAAUGGAUCCUCCUCAGUCUCACAAUUUAAACACUGAGGGGACACAGACGCUGACAGCCAUGACGACAAUCAACCCGCAGACACUUGCUCCUGAAUCCAAUGCUUUUGGCUACUACCAAAACAUGUGGAAUCAUCCAAAUAACUAUUUCCCUUCAAUACAAGGAGGUCCUUUCUGUUAUCAGAAUGAGGGAGCACAGACGGUGGCAACAAUGGCUAUGCCAAGUACACAACCAACACAACCUCUGCCCAUUCCAUACUGCACUGAGAGGCAGGAUAACUUGCAGAUGCAAUUUGCCCAACCGCUGGCAGGUGACAUGACAGCCACGCAGCUACAAUACGCCAACUCCAUCCUCCCACAGGGUGUGGCACAGGGCAGUGGUCCUCGUAACCAGUCGGAACGAAGCUUGAUGAAAAACAGGGAAGCUGCUCGUGAAUAUAGGAGGAGAAGAAAGGCCUACGUGCAAGGCUUGGAGGAACGUGUGGCAAAGCUUGAAAAUCAGAAUAAGGCUCUGAAGGAGGACCUUAAAAAAUGGAAAGAAAUGUGUCAUCAUAAUGGCCCUUGAUUAGGUUGUUAAAAGGGCUGGAUAGACUGUCAAUGUCACUUAAUUUACUUAAUUUCAAGAAUGCUGCUAUCGUUGGGUGCCAAGGAAGUUAACCAUCUUAUUGACACACUGUGGAGCAACUAGGGGUUCAGCAUCUUGCUGAACUAUAUUGGACAGGUCCGAUGAGGAAGCUGGUUUGAACAAGCCAUCACUCAAUACAUUUGACCCGCUCUGCUGCCACAAGAGCACUAUACCAGAAUAGAAACAGAGAAAAUCAUAAUGAACUGUGCUGGAUCACAUUUGCACUCACUGCUGUGUAUAAUUGUCAGAAUUAUAUUUUGGAAUUAUGUUAUACUAUAGUAUAUUUUACAAUUACAUAGAAAUGUUUACAUAUUGAUGCGGAAGAAAGUUUCUAUCUUCCACAACUUGAAAACACUGAAAUUUGUUAGAACAUAUUCAGGCUGCAAGAGUUGCCAGGGUAACCCAUUACUCACCUUUAAUUUAAAAAACCCCAAAAACAAAAACAAAACAGGCUGACAAAUAUAGCUCUUGUCAGUUCAUCUAUUACAAUCACACAGCAAUAAUGACUUCAUGGCAUAUUUUGACAAUACAAUUGUCCCUUUUGGAGACAAUCACCACCUUAAGUCAAUUGGCACAAACCAUCUCAGCUGUGAUGAAUGAAGCGGUAAUGACUGAGUAUACUUAGGCCUGGUACACACAAGGAGUUUGUUCAGUCUACUUUGGUGGUGGAACAAUCUUUAUGCGUGUGGUAUGCUGUGUUGAGAUUAUCAGCGUACCCCCCCCCCCCCCACCCACACAGUACAAUAGAACUGUUAAAUGCCUGAAUUUUUUUAUCUUCAUGUGUGGGUUAAAUCCCUAAAUUUUUUUAUCUUCACGUGUGGGGUCUGUAACAGAUACGCAAUAAGAAAAAGAAUCUGUGUGUACCAGACCUUUGGCAGUUAUUGUCCCUGAUGAUUUGGCCAAUUUCUUGCUCUAAUUUGUCAAAUGUAUAUUUGAUGUGAUCCCUACGCAUUUGAUUAAGGAUGAUCAACGCUCUUUGGCAUGUGAUCAAUAGGUUUUUAUCAACAGGCUAUGCACCAGUCAUUUAAAGUGGCUGUAACCAAAACUCUUUGGCCAAAUAUAGAUCAAUAUACAACCUUAGUUUUCCGUCGAUUCCCAGAGAGUUUUCACAUGACUUUCCGUAAAGCAAUUUGUGGACUUUCAGGCAAGGUUUAGAACGCAUCAUCGUACUGAAACAGCAUUAGUUUUGAAUUACCUUUUUCAGACAGGUUUUUUUCCUGUGUUUGUACUGUUGAUCUUAGUGUGACAUUUGACACUGGAUCACCAUUUUAAUACAGAGAUUAGAACAUGUCAUUGGCAUUAAAGGAACUGCCUUAAAUUGGUUUAAAUCCUAUUUGUUGGAUCAGAAUCAGAAUCAUCAUUUGCCAAGUCCAAAAAACAUAAGGAAUUUGUCUCCUGUAAUUGGAGCCGCUCUAGUACGACAACAGUCAAUUGACAGAACACUUUUGAGACAUGAAGACAUUGAGAAAACAGUCACGGAGCAAUAAAGGGUUGGUAAUGCCGGUACAUAUAUUUAUAUUUUUGACAAUUGUGCAAAAAGAUGCAGCGUCCUCUAGCAGAGCAGCACGUAGAGCAGUUCGAAUGACUAAUAUUGCAAUAGUCCGGUGUAAUGACCAUUGUGCAAAGUGCGGCGAGACUUCAAGCGAGUAGUACGAUAGUCUGGGAAAAUGUUGAUUGUGCAAAUGUUGCAGAUACUCUUCAAACAGUGUGCAAAUGUGUUGAUUGUGCAAAUGUUGCAGAUACUCUUCAAUCAUGUUGAUUGUGCAAAUGUUGCAGAUACUCUUCAAUCUGCGUGCAAAUGGAGCAGAUGCUAGUCUGGAAUGAGUGGCCAGUAGUUUGUCAACUAUGAGAUAUGCAAAUAGUGCAGCAUGGUGAGACUACUACAGUGAGUACGAGCAAUAUAUAAUUGGCCUGACAGAAAUGGCAAAAAAUUGCCAGCAUGUUGCAAUGGAAUUGUAGGUUAGGUGUUAAGAAGUUGCAAGAGGGAAGAAGCUGUUUGAAUGUCUGCUAGUUCUAGUUUGCAUUGAUCGGUAGCGCCUACCUGAGGG